GGAGGCAACCGGAGUAUCCGGUCAAGGAUUAGUUCCGUCUCUUCCACAGGACUCAAGAGUGCUCGAGCCUCCAGCGAGCGAGUAAUCGAUUGAUUCUGAAGAUAUGGCGCAUUUGCUCGAUCGUCGCCUUCCGAAGAAUUUCUCCGUCUGUCCACGCCCCGCUUUGUGUAGCUGUCAGCAAACGCGAAGCUUCUAAUCCAUGGUUUCGGAAUCCGUGACCUCGUUGGUCUCACGAGCAUUUGCAAGGACAGACGAUAAGUGAUCCUCCCGAGCUUCUUGGGUUUACUAUGGGAAGGAGUUUCUCGAGUUAGACUGAAAUUUCGUGUGACUAGGGAAAAUCAAUUGGCCGAAGAAUCUGGGAGUGAAAAUUUUAGCCCUCCUCGUCUCGUCUGUUCUGAAAACGAUGUUGCAUCUGCUGCUGGGUGUAGACAGAGUAGGAGUAGGAAGUUGAUAAGCCGGCGGAAUUCGGAAUUUCGCUUCCAAAAUUCAGAUUCGGUGGCGGACAAGGAAGCAGACGAUGGCUCUUCUCGUGUCGCGCUCCGUCAAGGGGUUACCGCUGUGUAUUUUCGGUCAGUUGCCCUUGCUCUCGGGCCGGUCCUUGUGCUCGAAAUCGCCCGUCUUCGCCCCUCUGUUGAAGUCUGCGGCGGGAGCGCCAGGAAUUUCAGCUACCAGCAGCAGCACGAGCGCUUCGCUGUCGCUGGACACCUUGUUCGAGGAUGAAGCUGCAGCUGCAAAGAGGGUGCAGCGGAGGGAACCCAAAGCGGCGUUCGCCAGAACCAGCAAAGUGGAGUCGGUCGACACUCGUUCCUUCCCCUUCGCCGAGAAGUCUUUCAGUGCUUUGAAGCUGUCGAGACUUUUACAGCGGCGGAUUGCGGACGAGGGAUUGGAGGUUCCCACUGAUGUGCAAGUGGCAGCGAUUCCCACCAUUUUGGACGGCCAUGACGCAGCAAUUCAGUCCUUCACGGGUUCCGGCAAGACUCUCGCCUACUUGCUCCCCAUCCUGUCGAAAGUUGGACCUUUGAGUGACAGUUCUGCAGGGGUGGAAGCGGUCAACCGCGGAGGAGUGGAGGUUCUGAUCGUCGUUCCCUCGAGAGAGCUCGCUAUGCAGAUUGUGAGGGAAGCCGAGAAAAUGCUGGGUCCAUUCAAUAAGAAAGUCAUUCAACAGCUUAUAGGGGGAGCCAACCCGAACCGGCAGGAAGAAGCAUUGAAGAAGAAUAAGCCUUUGAUUGUGGUGGGAACUCCUGGAAGAAUUUCUGAGUUGAGCAGAGCUGGGAAGCUUCACACUCAUUCCUGCCAAUUUUUGGUACUAGACGAAGCCGAUCAGCUGCUAUCUUCCAAGUUCAGGGACGAUAUGAGGAGAAUUCUGGAGCAUGUAGGUCAGCGCAGAUCAUCCGACCCUGCGAAGGCUACACACUCAAAUCCGGCUGAAAGUGCAGAGGAAAAUCCGUCUGUGAAGACGGUCAAGAAGAAGGUCGAAAGACAGACCAUUCUUGUCUCGGCCACAAUGCCUCCGGCUGUUUUGAGAGCAGCAUCGUCUUGGGGUCAUAAGCCCUUGUUGGUACGAGCGACGUCUAUAAUUGAUGUUGAAACUCCAGGGGCUUUUUCGCCUGCCUGGGGAUCACCUGUUGACAAGGAUGAAGCCCAAUCAGCUGACCUGAAAGGGGCUCGAGAGAGUUUGCCUCCAAAUUUGGAGCACUUUUAUCUUCUAUCACCUUUGCACCACCGAGUGGACUUUCUGAGAAAGUGCAUCCAUGCCCUCGAUUCACAAUCUGUUAUUGUUUUUAUGAACCACAGUAAGCGGCUCAAGGACACCGAGUAUAAGCUCGUUGCGAGGGGUAUUGCUGCUGGUUCUCUCCACGGAGAACUGGGUAAAUUGGAGAGGCAAAAUAUUUUAAAUGCUUUCAGAAAUGGCAAGUUGCGGGUUCUGGUAGUGAGUGAGGUUGGUGCAAGAGGCCUGGAUAUUCCUGGUUGCGAUUUGGUCGUGAACCUGGAACUUCCAACUGAUGGGUCGCAUUAUGCCCACCGUGGUGGUCGCACCGGUCGACUCGGACGGAGAGGAACUGUUAUCAAUAUUUGUGAAGGAUCAGAGGAGUUCGUUAUAGAGAAGUUCGAGAAGCAGCUGGGGAUCUCAAUACGUCGUUGUGACAUAUUUGACAGCAAGCUUGAGCACUGGAAGAAACCUGCCUUUGGCAAGGCCGGCGGAAAGGAACGUAAGACAUCUGAGAAAACGGAGAGCAGUAGCAGUGUCGGCGGGGACGAGGCUGCGUCGUGAAAAUCAAGAACAUGUUUCUGUCGCCUCUCAGCUGCCUUCGAUCUAACGACGAGGUCUGUAUUGAGUUCAGCAAUGAAGACGACCAUUCUUACAACGGAAUUUAAGCCUUAAAUCCAAAGUCCCGGGAAGACUACCUCACGUACACCAUGUGCAGAUUGUGCCGGGUUGAAUUCAUGGAAGCAAACAUGUCGCGUCUCUUGAACUCGGUCACUCGUCGAUGCCGUGCAGGUGGUCUUGAUCUGAUAAUUUUCAGAGCUAGGGCGCCGAUGAGGAGAUUAUCACUCGCUCAAGACACGCUUUCUGGAAGAGGUUCGUCCAGUAGACAUCAGAAACAUCAUUUUUGUUAGUAAACUCUGCUGAAAUUCUGCAUUGUAGGAGGCCAGAUUGACACGUCUCGUAGAACUUAGUCGGCCCAAGUGUAUGAUCUGAACCUAGAGCACAUAUACAGACUGGCCCUUCCUACGCGUGAAUUUCACGUCCGUCGAAAAUAUUUAGGAACAUGUAUACAUAUGAAGUACGUCAUCUUAAUGCAAAGUUCAAAGGCUCGGGGCUUGGUUUGUUGCAAGUUGCUAGCAGCGGGAGAAGAAAGUCGGUGGCUGGCCAUGCAAUUAGCAGAAGCCGUGGCUACAGAACACUCUUCUCACGCUAAGUAACAGUUUCUCGUGCUUUUUGUCCAACUUGGAAGUAGUGAUGCGGAGAUCGAGAAAUCAGUCUUUCUGCUUCGUUGAUAUAUUAGAAGUCUGAGAUUUGUGACAGGUGAUGUCCGUGCCGUUUCGUGUUUAUGUCGCAAGCAAGGGCAAGUACGUAGAAGUGCUGAGUUUCUUGGACGAGGAUGGGAGGCGAUUUCAGCUCCUUCCUGGAUACAUGAGUAGACACUGUUCUUUGCCGAAACGCACUCACAUCGUCACCGCGCAAGCUACUUGUGGAUUAUGUUCAUUUCUCGUGGACUAAUCUGUUGUUACACCCCUCAUGCCGCCUCAGCACGAAUAUACAUUGCAAUGAAAUAACAGGAUUGAUUUUUUCGAGAAAGAAUUUCAGGAGUACAUAUCCUCUGAAGAAGGGAGAUGGAACGUAGUGCUGCAAGGAAUUCGUACAUCCUAGCAAGCUGUUCUCUGCUAACAGUGUCAGCUCGAUUAAGAUUAAUAGUACUGAACGGAGAUUGUCUAGGGUUUACUCUCGCUUUUCUUGCAAGGCACCCUAGAUCUCUAGAUUCAGGAUCACUUCAAACGAAUGAGCCGUAUGGCUUGAGGAACAAUGCUUCGUCUUGGAUUUUACGUUCUAGAUGACUAGACUGGAAGGAUUAUCAGCUUGAGCACUGGAGACCGGGUGAGGCUUGUCAUUCUUGCACCAUCAGGCCAAAACUUCGAGGCGAUGGGUGUUUUCUCCGAAAUUCCUACUCCUUAUCCGCACGGUCUGUGACAAAGUGGGAAUCUUCUAUAAACUUAAGAAAGAGAGCCAAAGUUGGAAUGAGAAAAAAUCUCUGAAUAUUUACGCUCACAGUCCAAAAAAGUUUCUCUUGAGUAGAGACUCCCAAUGAAAAUGUAGACAGGAUUGACAAUGCAGUACCCCAUGCAAUCAGGUUCGUAUUGGGUCUGUCACGUAGGAUCUACCUACACCAGUAUUUGCAAGGUGGAUUGCCUUAUCCCAAGCGACCACUUCGUAUCGUGUCCAAGUCUUGAUGGCCCUGUUAUCACCUUUCAACAUCAGAUGGGAAACUGAAACAACACACAAGGAAUGGGAGCUUUCUUAUCACAACAGUAACGCAGUCAGCGUACUUUUCCAUUGUUUUCACAUCAAGACUCAGGCCGUCUGUUGUGAACAUUAGGAAAUUCGAGUUAACUCGGGCUCAGUGCACUUGUAACCAGAGUACAAGACACAGC